UCAUCGGAGGCCGUUCGCAGAAACUAGCCGGGGUCCUAUUGGGAACGUACUAUUGCCUGGGGUGGGGGACACCAAUCUAGGGGAAUGAACCAUUCUGCCUGGUAUGGGACGAGGUGUCCGAGGGGGCGUACCAUUCUCUGCGCUAAUGGGAUUGUUGUUCAGAGGCAUGUACCAAUCUCGGAGCGGGGGGGGGAUCAGUUGGAGUGGUCCUCUCCUUGUUUGUCUGUUGGGGGGAACGUGCCAUUUUCGGUGCAGUGGGGGUGCACGGGGAAUGUACCAUUGCCAUUGGGCCACCUCAGGCUGUGCCCAGCACAGACCCAUGGUGCAGCAUCCGAACAGGGUGACCUCACGUCAAGGCUGCCUAGAGCAAUCAGAGGGCGCCAAAGUGGGAUAAUGCCCCAUUGAGACGCCAUCAUGGCCCCACAGCAUGCUGAGCCCUGAGGCUCUGGAACUGGAUUUCAAGUAUCACCAACCACAAGCCUUCAAAACCAUGAGACUGAAUUAAAAACAAUACACCUGGGGCUCUUCUGGUUCACGUUUGCCCGUUUUUCUCCACAACCAUGAGACAAAGGCCGAGAGUCUCACAAUAAUCUCGAGACUCCAGGAUCUGAGGCUUCAAGAAGAUUACCAAAUAUUGUGAUACCUGUAACAAGUCACAAGAGUUACAAGACUGCAUCACAUCCAGAUCUUGCUGAGCCUCAACCAGAGCAAUGAGAUGGCAAGAAAGCUGGGUCAUGUUGUGCUCAAACAUCACUCUGACCCACAAGAUGCUGAAAUGUGGCUCUGUUUCACAGGCCCCAACGGACAUUUUGUCACCCUUUCUAUCAGAGACAGAGGAACUGCCCCCCACCCUCAGGAGGAGAAAAUUAAUCUACCCAGAAUAACAGGAAAACUACCAGGUCCUAAACAUGGCAGUGCAGGAAUCAUCAUCUUCGUCAUUGUCAUCAGGAAGCUCAUAUGAAUCUGAAACAAACUCAGAACCCGAGCCUGAAGCUGCAGCCUCUACAUUGGAACUCACUAUCAGUCCUCUCACUGAAAUCCCCCCCUCAGUGAAGAACAUACUGGACAAAAUUGAUGCUGCCCAGCUCAGCAGAGCGAGGAAGGAGGUUUUUAAGCAACUGUUUGUAAUUCUGGAUAAUGUGAACCGGGUAUGUAACUGCUUCAAAGGGAUGGACCCAGAGAUAGAAGAACAGUUCUUCCUCUCCGGCACUUGGGCUGAGAGGAAACGGAGGGCACUUCUACUGGACAAAGUAGCCAUCUUGCUCAAAGCCAGCACAGCUCAAGGGAAAGAUUUAAAGUUCGUUCUGGAAUCAUUAAAAGAAUGGGGUGAAAUGUUGUCAGAAGGCAAAGAACAAGUCGGAGACACCCACACUGUCCAGUGGGUCAGUGAUAUGGAGACCAAGCUGCUGAUCUCCCUUGAUUAUACAGAAGGAUGUAUAAUGCAGCUAUUCGAUCUCUGCACAAGUCUUGUGGAACACAGGAGGAAAAAGAGGGGGAAAUCAAUUGUUCCCAAAACCGGCAUGUGGAGAGCAUGGCGAGAGAAAGUUGCACAGAAACCUCAGGAAGCCCAGCCCUUGAGCCCUGAACAGAUGUUAGAAGAUGAAUCUGUAAUUUUCUCCAGGACUUCUGAGCUCCUUACCAUGUUACAGGAAUUUGUAGGGUCCACACUGUUUAACAAAGCAGAAGCUGUUGUUGUUAAAUAUAUAGUGACAAUGGUGGCCAAUCUCACCAAAGCCUUCACUCUGCUAACCAAACAGUGCCGUGGCCUGCAAGCAAAGUAUGAUACCUUAGCAUCCCAGGAGUCCAGGAAGCAGGAAGUUCAGUAUGGGAACUUUCAAAAGGAAGUACAGAUGCUUCAUGAGAAAAAGGCAUCUUUGGAGGCUCGAGUCCAAAGCAUUGAAGACAAAUACAAGAUGCUUCUUGUAGCAAAUGAGGCAAUGCAAAAAGAACUGCACAAGGUGAAGAAAAAUGCAGCAAUAAAGAUAGAACCAUCUUUAAGAGACAUGAAAUUUGGGGCCAGGGCUUCUUUUGAAAGGAAAUCCCAGGAAGAUGAUGAUAAUGAUCUGAGUAGGAAAAAGGAUGCGGUUCUGUCAGCUGAAAAGCUGUCAUGGAAAUCCCAGGCAGACCUUGGUAAAUCCCCCUGUAGGAAAAGGGAGGCAAAGGUACCAGAUAAAAAGCAGCUUCAGAGACCAUUGGUAGAGAGAACAGAAGACACCAGUGACAAACAGGAAACAAAGCUUCUAGAUAAAAAGCCAGCACUGAAAGCCUCAAUAGAGAGAGGUGAAGACAUCAGUGACAAACAGAACGUCCCGGUAGAGAGAACUCAAGACACUGUUGGCAAAUGGGAUGCAGUCAUCCCAGUGGAAAAACAAGAAGAGACUUCAGGAGACCUGGCUGGAAGACGGCAUGAACAACCUCUGGACAGUGAGCAAACAGAGGCUGCUGACAAAUGGGAUGUGAGCCUCCUGGGUGGAACCCAAGAAGUUGUUGAAGAUGUCACUGGUGAAUGGCAUGAGAUGCUGCCAGAGGAACAUGAGCUCAAGGCUGACAGUGAAGAAGAAAUUGAAAGGCUCCCAUCCCCAACAGAGCUCCCAUACCAAGGGAUCUCUAGGAAAGGGAAGCAGAGGAGGAAGAAGGAAAGCCUGUAUACUGAGGAGACACAUACAGAAAUGCCUCAGAGCCCAAUCAGCAGAAGCAAGCUGGAACCAUCCACUGCACUGUAUGGGUUUAAUUCAGCUAUCCUGGCUUAUCUGGAGCAGAAGAUGGAGAAGCUAUGGAAGUGUCCCUCUCCCGGGAAGAGACAAGCAGAGAGGAUGCUGCCCAAGGACCCAGAAGCCCAAAGGCUCUACAUGGCCUUGGAGAGGAAACUGGAAGAAUGCUUCUCAAAAAUGAAGAUAAAAUAUUCCAGCAGCUUAGAGGAACAGAAGCUUCCAAGGAGCCUGGAGCUGACUGAAGGGCAUGAUGAGGAGGCAAAGCUGAGUGACCCUGACAGUCUCUUUUUGGAGUCCAAAGUUCCUGUGAUCUCACGAGGGGGACUCCCUGCAGCCCUGUGGAAGGACCCUAACGUCUCAGCACAUUUUCAGUUUCCCAAGCAAUGGCAGGAGGAGGCGCAGGAGCCAUGGCAGGGGGAGGCGCAGGAGCAAUGGCAGGGGGAGGCUCAGGAGCAGUGGCAGGGGGAGGCGCAGGAGCCAUGGCAGGAGGAGGCGCAGGAGCAGUGGCAGGGGGAGGCGCAGGAGCAGUGGCAGGGGGAGGCGCAGGAGCCAUGGCAGGGGGAGGCGCAGGAGCAGUGGCAGGGGGAGGCGCAGGAGCAGUGGCAGGGGGAGGCGCAGGAGCAAUGGCAGGGGGAGGCGCAGGAGCAAUGGCAGGGGGAGGCUCAGGAGCAGUGGCAGGGGGAGGCGCAGGAGCAGUGGCAGGGGGAGGCGCAGGAGCAAUGGCAGGGGGAGGCGCAGGAGCAAUGGCAGGGGGAGGCGCAGGAAUGGUUUAAGAAGAUACAGAAGGAGCAGCAAUGUCAGAUGCAGUCACCACAGCCUGAGGAGCAGCUCCAGCAGCAGCUGCAAGGGGUAAAGGAGAAGGUGGAGGUGGAGCAGCUGGAGGAGGAGCAGCUGCAGCAGGAAGAGCAUCAGUUUGAGGAGCUGCAGCCACAGCAGGAGCCAUGGCAGGAAGGGCAGAAAGAGCGGCAGGAAGAGAAGCAAAAGCAGUGGAAGAAGUGGCUGGAGGAACAAGCAGAGGAGCAGAGGCUGUGGCGGCAGCAGCAGCGGGCGCAGCAGGAGGAGCAGCAGAGGCUGAGGCAGCAGCAGCAGGAGGAGCAGCAGAGGCUGUGGCGGCAGCAGGAGGAGCAGCAGAGGCUGAGGCAGCAGCAGCAGGAGGAGCAGCAGAGGCUGUGGCGGCAGCAGCGGGCGCAGCAGGAGGAGCAGCGGAGGCUGAGGCAGCAGCAGGAGCAGCAGAGGCUGAGGCAGCAGCAGCAGGAGGAGGUGCAGAGGCUGUGGCAGCAGCAGGAGAAAGAGCGUGAGGCGCAGGCGAGGCACUGGCAGCAGCAGGUGGAGGAGCACGAGGAGCAGCGGCAGCUGUGGCAGCAGGAGCAGGCGGAACAUGACCUUCAGCGGAGGCAGUGGCAGCAGCAGGAGGCGAAGCAGCAGGAGCAGGAGAGGCUAUGGCAGCAACAGUGGCAGGAGCAGCUGCAGCAGUUGCAUGAACAGCAAGAGUUGCAGCAAAAGCAGACGCAGCAGGAGCAGUAUCUGACCCCAUGGCCUAAAACAGUUCCCAGGAGCAGAGAGCCUGGGACCCUGGAACACUCGACAAAACAGAUCCCGCGAAGGCCCAGGAGAGAGACUGCAAAGGAAGAGGUCCUACUGUACGAAUAUUUCCAGCCUUCUGCCCAGCAAAUGGUUCCUACUCAGAGCAAAGUAUCCCUGCACUCUCAAGCUCAGUCUACUGAGGAGACCAGCUGGCUCCCCACUCUGGCUCAGAAGACCAAAGGGAAGAGCUUGGUGCCCUCCAGCCUGUCAGAGAAGCGGUACUGGGUGGAUGUGGAGGCUCAGAGGGAGAAUUUGGUGCUGCUAGGCCAGGCAACCCAAGAGUGCAGACUACCCCCACACCUGCACAUGCAGGCGAAGGAAGUUAUCAUUGAGAUCCUGCACAUUGAUGUUGAGAGGCUGGCUCUCCUCUUCCACAAAUACAUCUCCUUCUGUCACCUCCACCAUGUCAGACAAACCUUAAUGUCCCGAUUGGAAGCUGCCAGAGCUGUAAAUGAUGGUGCUGAGGUCCGGAACUUGUACACAUAUGUGGAGAGGGUGGAUGCUUACCGGGAAAAGGUGCUACAGUGCUGGGUGGCCAAGCAGAAAACAGCAGAGCGGGCACGUCAACGCUGCCUUGGCAAGAUGAUUUCCUUGUUUGCCCAGCUCCGCCUGAGCUCUGAACUCCACCUCAGCAGCCCAUCCCCACUCAUGAUCAAAGCAGUGGAUGAAAUGAAGAAGGAGUUCCCGUCCUCAGCCCAUGCCAGAUCCAAAUCCCCUGGCUAUCCAAGCCCCCUGGCAAGUGUGAAGAAAGUCAGAGACUUUAUGCAUCCAGCUGGAGUCAGUGAGCAGCUUUGUGACCAGAUAGAGUCAGUAUGGAGGACCGAUGUCAUCUCUCACAGUUUUCCUGUCGUUCCAAAACCCCCUGUGUCACUACUCUGGUCCCAGGCUGGUGGCUUCCCAGAUAUCCCUAGGUUUCUGGAACUGGAUGUGAGCUCAGUUAGGAGCAAACCCUUUAGGACUCUACAGACACGAGUCCAGAACCUUCCCAGAUGGAAAACAUAUGGACACAAGUAAAAACCCGUGUAAAUAUAGGAUAGUCCAGAUGCAGUUUAAUGCACAACAGAAAUUUAUGUAGAAAGCAAAUAAAGUUUAUUUUUGUGUUUA